CAUUCCCGGUCCGCCAGCGGUAGCAGCACGCCGCGUGCGUUCCGACGACAAAUCUUACUCACGACGACUGUACGAGAGUACACACGGUGCAGUGUGCGCGCGCGAAGUGUGUUGUUUUCGUUUUUCGUUUUCGAUUUUUUUUUUUUUUUUUUUAUUUCGAUUUUUUCGCUCAUCUACACGAUAUUAUACCUAUCGCCGUUUUCGGGUGUCUUCGUCGCCUAUAAUAUAACCGCCGCAGCGAGCAGUAUAUUAUAAUAAAAUAAUAUUAUAAGCGUACACGUAUGCCGUCGUCCGCCGAACACCGUCCACCAGUGCGUCGUGCAGUGCGAUUCGCGAUGAUACAAUCAUAUUACGACUGUCGUGGUAAUAAUAAUUAUAAUCUUUCCGUACUCUGAUAAUAUUAUAAUAUUAAAUAAUUCGAUAUCAUAAUAUUAUCGUCAUCGUCGUGCGAGUUUGGGUUUUUUUUUUCGAUUUGCGUUCUGUUUUGGUUCGUUCGAAUUUUUCGCCGUCUCGUUUUUUAUCGCGCGCUCGUCUGUAUCCUCCCCCGCCGUGGGUACCGCCGUCGAAAUGCAAUUGUCGCAAGUGGUGACCAGCUCGGGCGUACUGAUGCACGUGUACAGCGCCGAAAGACACCAACAGCAGCAGCAGCAGCAACAACAACAGCAACAGCAGCAGCAGCAACAGCAACAGCAAUCGUCUCCACAACAGCCGUCGCAACAGCAGCAACACGGUGGUGACUUUCGCGUACCGCAAUCGCCGGGCGUAGUGUCGUCCUCGACCGGUAGCGGCGGAGUACCGUCUCCGCCCGCACAGCAUCAUCACCUCCAGAUGCAACUGCAACAACAGCAUCAGCAACAACAACAACAACAGCAGCAGCAGCAGCAACAGCAACAGCAGCAACGGUGUUCUCUGCCACCGGCUCCGCCGUCGUCUUCGGCGGCCGCGAUGCGCCCACCCGCAGCCCCGGGCCCCCGGUGCAAGCCGGUCCCGUCGGCAGCCACCCUGACCAUCAAGACGGAAUACAGCCGAAGCCCUCCGAUGCUCUCCGAGGAACCGACCAGCUCCAUACCGGACUUAGAAUUUGAUGGUGACACAGUACUGUGCCGAGUAUGCGGUGACAGAGCGUCCGGGUUCCAUUACGGCGUACACUCUUGCGAGGGAUGUAAAGGUUUUUUCCGCCGGAGCAUCCAGCAAAAGAUCCAAUACCGACCAUGCACCAAGAACCAACAGUGCAACAUCUUGCGGAUCAACAGGAACAGGUGUCAAUAUUGCCGGCUCCGCAAGUGCAUCAGCGUCGGCAUGAGUCGAGAUGCUGUACGAUUCGGCCGUGUACCAAAACGGGAAAAGGCUCGUAUAAUGGCCGCCAUGCAGCACAGCAGUAACUCCAAAAGCCAGGAGAAGGCCGCCGUGGCGGAGCUUGAAGACGAUCAACGACUCGUUGCCAGCGUAGUCAGGGCACAUCUGGAAACUUGCGACUUCACGUCCGACAAGGUCGCGCCCACGUUGGCCCGUGCCCGCGAACAGCCAAAUUACACCUUGUGCCAUCCGACACUGGCUUGCCCCUUAAACCCGAGUCCACGACCCGUCACCGGACAACAAGAACUGUUGAACGACUUUUCGAAGCGAUUCUCGCCGGCUAUACGUGGCGUGGUCGAGUUCGCCAAGCGUAUUCCCGGUUUCGGACUACUCGCCCAAGACGACCAGGUGACCUUGCUCAAAGCCGGCGUUUUCGAGGUGCUACUAGUUCGCUUGGCCUGCAUGUUCGACUCUGAGUGUAAUAGCAUGGUGACGCUCAACGGUCAAGUGUUGCGCAGAGAGUCGGUUUGCGCUUACUCCAACGCUAGAUUCCUCACCGAUUCCAUGUUCGAGUUUGCCGAGAGGUUGAACGCAAUGCGACUAAACGAUUCAGAAAUCGGUCUAUUCAACGCCGUCAUCGUGAUCGCUGCCGAUCGCCCAGGCUUGCGCAAUGUCGAAUUCAUCGAACGCAUGCACAAACAGUUGAAAUGCGCGUUGCAGUCGGUGCUCAUGCAAAACCAUCCAGACCGACCUAGCUUGUGCCAAGAACUGUUGAAGAAAAUCCCCGACUUGAGGACGCUGAAUACGUUGCACUCGGAGAAACUGCUGGCAUUCAAGAUGACCGAACAGCAAAACCAAUUGGACCAACAACAACAACAACAACACCAACAGCAACAGCACCAGGACACCACCACCACUACCACCAUAGCAUCCGCCGCGGCCCAACACCAUCAAAACAUUCAAAACGUCGGUGGCAUGUGGAGCCUAAUGAUGAACGGCACCGAAGAUUUCAACCGCAAGAGCCCGGAGGAAGCAGGCUCGUCGUCGUGGUCGGACGAGACCACUUCCGUGGAGGACAUGAAGAGUCUGGCCAUGUUGGACGAGGUCAAGAGCCCGCUGGGUUCAGUGUCUAGCACCGAGUCAGUGUGCUCAGAUGAAUACCAUCACGGCCCGAGCAAGCACGCUGCGAGCGCUCCUCUGUUGGCGGCUACGCUGGCCGGAGCCGUGUGCCCGAUCAGGCGGCAUGCGGCCGCGCCGUCGGACGAGCUACACCACCAAGUGAUCGUUCGACCUAUGUCGUGCCGCCGGUAUCAGCGGAAACAGGAUUCACCGACCGACUCUGGAAUUGAGUCGGGCACGGAGAAGCUGGAUAGGCCGAUGCCACACAGCGCGCCCACCUCGGUGUGCUCUAGCCCACGGUCCACCGUUGAAGACGUCGUCAUGUCUGCCGACUCGCACCACAAUCCGGCAGCCAUCGAGGACAUGCCGGUGUUGAAGCGUGUGCUCCAAGCUCCGCCUCUGUACGACACCAACUCGCUGAUGGACGAGGCGUACAAGCCGCACAAAAAGUUCCGGGCUCUGCGUAGCGCCAAAGACUCUGCUGAGGCCGAGGCCGUCCGACCAUCGGUGGCGACUACCGUCCACAACAACAGCACCCUCCUCAACCACCUACAACAAAACCACCACCAUAAUUCGCCACAAUUGCACCAUCACCUCACGUCAUCUUCGUUGUCGAGCACUCACUCGACGCUGGCCAAGUCGCUGCGCGAGACGCCAAAGAUGACCGCGGAACAGAUCAAACGCACCGAAGACAUUCACAACUUUAUAAUGCGCGAGGACACGGCGUGCAGUGGUUACCAACAACAAUUACCGCAACAACACCACCACAACCACCACCUUAACAACAGCAACCUACACCAACAACAACAACCGCCGACCAGGUGGCAACACACGCCCGUCAUAACUUCUGCUCUGGCCCAAAACAGCUGCAGAUUGUCGCCAACGCCACCGACCAGCAGGUAUGCAUCGUCGACGGUGAGCAGUGGCGGCGUUUUGGCGCGCGUCCUAUCGCCAUCCUCUUCGUCGUGUGCGUCUCCACCGCCGUCGGCGUUGUCGAUGGUCAUGCGUCGCACGCCGUCCCCGAACGUUGUCAACCUUCAGGUGGGCAUUACCAACGCAGCCGCAGCCGCUGCCGAGGCGGCGGCCGCUCACCAGCAGCCGCUCAACCUGUCCAAAAAGCUGUCCCCGUCGCCGACGCCCGCGUCCGCUGUCGGCAGUGGCACCACCACGCCACCACCUCCUGCUCCCGCCCAGGUGGCCAUGGAAGCGUAAGCCACCCAAGCCCCGCCCACCACACUCCCCGUUGCCGUACGUAACCGCAUCGACUCGAUCUCACGAGAGUCAAUCUCUAGACCAAAACACGAAAAAAAUCAACAAUUGGAAACAAAUGGGGUUUCUAUACGCAAACCAAAACAGGUGCGGUGAUCGUUUUCCUAUUUUAAUAAUUUUUUUUUGUUUUAAUUUUAAUUAUUAUUAUUAUUAUUAUUUUUUUGUGGCAAUACAAUUUUGUGUACAUAUUACUAUAACAUAUUAGGUCUUACGAGUUUAAGUUUAAUUAUAUAAAAUAAUAUCAUAAUAUAUAUAUAUAUAUAAAUAUAUAUCUCACGCUUUUAUUUUUCUUUCCCUCUAUAUAUACAUAUAUAAUAUAUGCUAUCUUUAUUCUAUUUAAUAAUUAUUAUACAAACAUUUUCCGCGUAAUUAUUUUUUGAAUUUACGAGAGAAAUAUUAAAACAAAAAUGUACAAAUUUAUAAAUCGACCGAUUUUUUUUCCGACGACGAAACCCCGCGUGAUAUAUAUAUAUAUCAAAUUAUAAAAUAUUUAUGUUUAUGUAGAAGUAAAAUUAUAUAUAAUACAUUUAUUAUGAAAACAUUAAUUUUUUUCUUUUUAUUUUUAAAUGUGAUAUACAUUUAAGGAUCGCAUUUGAUUUUAUUCUGUACAUAUUACAUUUUACCGUGUAAGUUACAAAUAUGAUUUUUCUCCCCCAUCGUAGUUAGCUAUGAUAUUCAUCCUGGUAUAUAUAGUUAUUAACGGAUCAAACCGAUUUAACGUUUUCCUUUUUGAACAUUACCUAUAUAAUAUAUUAAUAUAUUAUGUAUAUACAUUUAUAUACUGUAUAUUGAAAGUUAUAUAUAAUGGUUAAAAUAGUGACCUCUUUUUUUUCUUUCUUAUUGUUGUAAAUACGAUUUUAAAUUUACGAAGAAAAAACACAGUAUAUAUUAUAAUAUGUAUGUGUAUAUAUACAUAUACAUUUUGAAUGUUUUCGGAAUACAUUUUUGAGACUGAGGGAAGUGUCAAGCCAUUUUUUAUUUUAUGACUGGCGCGGUUUGGUUUUUUCGUUUCUAAGUAUGUAGCCCGUUAAAAAUAAUAUUUCUACAACAAUCCCUAUAUUCUAUAUAUAUUUGUGUUUUUAUUUGCGAUAUAAAAAUCGAGUUGGCCAGUACAAAUUUUCAGACUCACAAUAUUGUUUUUUUAUUUUAUUUAUUAUUCUUUUUUCUUGUAUAUAAGCCAAAAACUAAUUUCCCUUCCGCCACCACCACCGCCAACAACACUUCCACGCGUCUUGCUGAAGCAGAAUUGUAGACAUUUUGUUUGUUUUCACUGCUGCUGCAGUUGCAGAGAGAUAUUAUAUAUUAUUUUUGCACAGAAAAGACGCGUGUUCGAUACGCAUAUUAUUUCGACUUCCUGUACCGGCUGUAUAAAGUUUCACGUGACACGAACGACUAAUGAGAUAAUUGAAUUAAAAUUAAAAAAAAAAAACAGUUUAAGAUUUGUGCACCGCGAAUAUCAGCGGAAUGUUUGAAUGUCUAUAGGUAUAGUAUAUGUGUGUGUGUGCGUGUGCGCGUGUUUGAUAACACAAUGAGACAUAAAUUAGAACAUUAAUUGUCGACGAGUGAAAAACAUGAUUUUCGUAAUUUACGAAAAUCACUGCUCAUCUUAUGAUAUACAUCAUAUAUAAUUUACCAUCCACGCGUACUUACUGAGAGAAAUGAAUAAAACAUAAUGUAAUGAAAACAUUUUUUUAAUAAAAUAGGUCGAGUACCUAUCUAUUAUAUAUAUAUAUAUAUAUUAUAUUUAUUAUAUAUAUUUAAAUAUGUGUGUGUGGUGUGUUGUGCAUGUGUGUGUAAAUAUGCAUAUAUGUAUAAGUGUUUAACUUUAUACUAGACGGUAAUUUUGUGUUUUCCCCCCACUUUUUUCAUUAUCAAUUCCGGUAGGCAUAUCGUAUAAAAUGAACUAAAUACAGUUAUUUUCGCGUGUAAUGCAACCCUCUGUAUAAAAAAUGAUAUUAUACAUUUGAUAUGUAUAUGAAUACAAAUAUUUAUAAUCAUACAAUCAAAAACUAAACUAUAUACGAAAAAACCAACAUCGAUAUUAAUAUUAUAAUAUUGAUAUAUUGCAUAUUAAAUUAGUAUUCUGUUAUAUAUACUAUAUAUAAUUAUAUAUUAUUAUUAUUAUUAUUAUUAAUUAUUAUAUUAUCGACAUGUUUAAAAAUGUGAAGAAAACAAUUAUUGUUUUAAAAAAAUGUACCAAUGUUUAUUUUUUAAGUUUAAAAUAUUUUUUUUCUCGUGUGCUUAUGACUGUUAGCAUUGUGUAAUAUUUUUUUUGUUUUUUCCUUUUUAAGCUUGGGAUUAUUAAUUGUAUUUUUUUUUGUUUUUUUAUCCUUUUCCAAGGUCUUUGCGUGUAUAUGUAUAAUAUAUGUGUGUAUGAUUUAAUUAUUAUAUGUAUAUGAGAAUUGAAAAAAAAGAGAAAAAUAAUAAAAACUGUCUGAUUAUUGUAAUGAAAAUAAAA